AUGCACGCUUCCGGAGUUCUGCCAGACAACUGCUGGACGUCCACCGCCGCCCGGCACGUCAUCUGUAUGAGAACGCAAGAGGCUCUGACUGGGAAGCCGACCCCUCUCACGCUGUGUGCGAUCGAGAUCGAAGCUCAAGCAUUUUGCAGAUCCCGAACAAAAGAAGAAUAUUACGACCUUCUCUCCGAGUUCCUAAAUCACAUCCGAAAGUCAGGUGAUCUGAGGCAAGCGGCAGAGAAGCUAGCCACUAUGCGAGGGAAUGGUCCCUUGCUGGCUCCACACCUAAUUUACGGUCAGCAGCUGCGCCCCAAGGAUCUCAGCCAGGAUCCGCUCCCUGCGAGUCGAGGGGCUCUGAGGCCUACGGCCGUCCAGCGACCCACGCAACACAUUGUGUGGACUCAGCGUCCUUGGGGUCCCGUGCCGGCCCAGCCGAUGAGCCAGCCUCCUCUCUUCGCAGUUCCACGAAAUGAGCGUCCUCUGCCGCCACUAUUGCGGGCCCCGAGACAUCAGGCCCAGCCGAUGAGCCAGCCUGCCCCCUCCGCGACUCCACGAGAUGAGCGUCCUCUGCCGCCCCUAUUGCGAACCCCGGAACAACAACUAUCGUGCUUUCCAAUGCGUAUGCCUUUCCGGCCGUGCUCAGUCGCUAUCCCCACCCGAGGAGCGGUCCCAACUUAUCCGGAACACGCCGUCUCGUACAGAAAGACUCCGAAGAGCAUGUCUUACGCCCAUUACCGACUGCGCGGCACUGCGCCAUCAUCGGUAGGCGAGUCCGCGAAAGAAAACGGCUCGACACAGGGGCAAAAUGGCGCCCCUCCGCUCGUAUCUCCUCCUAUCGCGCCUAUCGAGUCCGAAGAAGCACCAGCGAGCGAUCCCCCUGUCGGUGGUGGAGAUGACCGAACCGCCGGCGAUUCCCCUGUCGUUGGCGGGGAUGACCGAACCGCCGGCGAUCCCCGUGUCGGUGGUGGAGGUAACCAAAGCGCAGGCGACCCACGUUUUGGUGGUGGGGGAGACCGAACCGCCGGCGGUACCCCGGCAACAUGCAGUGCCGAGGAUCAAGAACGUUCGGAGAGGCUCGAGUGUCUGAGUCAGUAUGUCGAACCCGUGAAGAAAUUGAUCUCGAUAGCCGAAAAAGACGAAAGGAACAAGGAUUAUCUCUGGAAACUGAAUUCGCUCCUCGAAGUUCUGACAAAUCCGGAUCGGCGGUACUCUAUCGAUACCCUCAUCAAAUGCCAGCAGGUCUGUGAGCAUCUCGACUUCAGGAUGUGCGAACCCGGUCAGGCCCCGAAGUAUCAUAUACCGUCGCUCACAUCGAUGAUGCGGUCUCAGGACGAUGGCUUGUGGCAACCGCUGCUCGACGCUAUCAACGCCAACAUCAAGAGCCCGAUGUUCAAUCAUACGCUGCAGGAAGUAUUCGGCCGGCCGAUCGCUGUUAUGCUUCCGUCCGAGUAUUCGGACUCUGAACCUUCAUCGCCCCCCGCGAAAAUGAGGAGGUGCACUUCCCCUGCCGCAGACGGGACGUGUGAACUGCCCGAACUUCUCGCAAUUGAGAUUUUGCAAUUAGAUCCUCAAUUCAAGGCUAGCCUGGUUCAGCCACUUGACGACAAAUCCAUCAAACUCUUCUGCCAACUAGAUAUCAACACCCUGCCGAGUGUGCCUGCGGUGACUGUCGCUGUCCCAGAAAAUUAUCCACAGAGCGCACCUUCGUGUCUGACCGACCAAACUCUAUACAGAAGCUCGGAAUUCCACCUUUCUCUGCUCGAGGCUCUGAAGGCCCGUAUGGCCGAGAUGCCUCCCCGGUUUACGGUGACGGAGCUCCUCGAUGCGUGGGAGAUGUGCGUGCGAAAAACUUUCGAAAACAUGCAACCCCGCUUGCAGUCACCGGGCGAAUCAGACGCCGAUCAUCUGGUGGCCUUGCAACGAAACUACGAGAAUCUCUGCGGACUGACGGACGCCGCAGGUGCCGCAGUGAAGUCGUAUUGGUUCAUAGCCAAAGUUCAGGUGGGAUGCAAGUAUCUGCAUUUCUACCUCGAUCUUUCCGAAGAGAACAGAGGACGUGUCUACUCCUCCUCAGAUGCCUACGGUGUGAGUAGGCCGUAUGCCGACAACUUCAUCGCUUUCUUGGAGAGAUUAUUCGCGGACUUCAAUCAAUUCCAUCGAUUGAACGGAGAUAUCAUCGAGGAAAAAGACCUUCCGACUUCGAGUGAGCCGGAGGAAAUCAUCACCGAAAAUGCUUGCACCAACGUCCCCCUCGCGGAAGCUUCGAUUCCGGAGCCAUCGGAACCAGAUCUCAGACCGGCUCCGGCGAGAGGUUUGCGCAUCGUCUUCAAGGAGAUCGUGACUCCGGGAGUGGAGGAGUUUUUGCGCGAGUUGGAAGAAUGUGACAAUCCCAACAUAGAUGAUAUGUUGGCCUCAGACGAUGAGGACGAUCAAUACGCAGAUGAGGAAUAG